AGGCGAUUACUAUUUCUAUAAUUUAAUUACUAAAAGCAGUAAGUAACAAACAGUUGAUAUUCAUGGCGCGUGGGAUUUGGUUCUGUCUCUUCAGGCUUCUCCUCCAUCGUAGAAAGGAUAUAAAAGGAGGGAUAAAAUAUUCGUAUAAGUUUCUUUCUUUUCUCCUCCUCCAUCUUCUUCUUCUUCUUCCUUGAUUGAUACCAACGUGUUAUCCUUAUCCCAUCCCUUAACCCGCUUAUUCAUUAACUAAUCAGACCACUUCAUCUCUAUCAAUCGUAACCUGUGCUCUGUAGUCUGUAUUGAAGUUGUGAUUCAUUGUAGAGCGAGAAAACGACUGUUGGAGCCUAAAGAUGCGGAUUUUGUGCGAUGCAUGCGAGAACGCAGCCGCUAUCGUCUUCUGCGCCGCCGAUGAAGCUGCCCUUUGCCGCCCCUGCGAUGAAAAAGGAAGGGUUUUGUCUCCAAAGUAUGUAUUUACUAUUUAGCAUAGCUUGUGGAGAAAGAAUAUAGCUCUUUGUCCUUACAUCAGUUAGGUGACUCUUAAUAAGGGUACAUAUGUGCAAUAAGCUAGCUAGUCGGCAUGUACGUGUAGGUUUAGCCGAACCAAGCAAUGCCCCUUGCUGUGAUAUUUGCGAAAAUGCACCUGCCUUCUUUUACUGUGAGAUAGACGGUAGUUCGCUUUGUCUGCAAUGUGACAUGGUAGUACAUGUUGGUGGCAAGCGAACGCACGGCCGGUUUCUUUUGCUCAGACAGAGGAUAGAAUUUCCAGGGGACAAGCCUAAACAAAACAAUACGAGAGACAAUAUGCAAAACCAAGGAGUCUCUGCAAGUGCAAACGGUGAAGCUAAUGGCAAGACUGACGAUGAAAUGAUUGAUCUAAAUGCUAACCCGCAGAGAGUACAUGAGCCAUCAUCAAAUAACCAAGGUAUCGAUGUAAAUAACACGAACAAUCACGAGGCUGCACGUGUUGGACCCUUUAAACGAGAGUCUGAGAAGUGAUAAGGGUUUGGUUCUAGCGAAGCUUUGUUGUUGAAGAAAGAAGAAAUGCUUGUCUUGUUUGUGAAUUAUCUUAGUUUAAAGGAAAGGGCUCACCUGAAUGUAUAAGCUAAUAUAAUCUGAAAUUUCUCAGUAACUUAUUUAUUUUCAUUUUUCUUAUUAUUAAAACUAUUUUGGAAUA